AUGGACAAAAUGACAACGAAUGAAGCACAAUGUUUUCUUUGUAAUAAACACACAUCGACAUAUUCUUGUCAAGGUUGUUCAAAUGAAUUCUGUUUGGAAGAUUUUACGAAACAUCGACAAGAUUUGACUGAAGAAUUCAAAACGAUUAUCAACAAUUAUGAUCGAUUUAGAGAAAAUCUUCAAGAAAGAAAAGAAAAACCACAAUACUAUUAUGCCUACAUUGAUAUUAAUCAAUGGGAAAAGAAUUCGAUCGAAAUUAUUCGACAAACAGCUCGACAAUGUCGACAAACAUUUCUCAAAGCAAUUGAAGAAUUUCUCGUCGAUAUUGAAGAGAAAUUCAAUAAACUGAUUAAAGAAAUCAAAGAAAUUCAAGAAGAAAAUGAAGUGAACGAAACGAAUCUGAAAGAUCUAAAAGAAAAAUUAAGAGAAAUCACUAGAAAAGUCAACGAUUCAUCCGAAAUCUUCAUCGAAGAAGAUUCACAAACAUUUAUCACAAGAAUCUCAGUGAAAUCAAGAAGAAAACCAAAGUUGGAGAAAUGGAAACAAAAUGGAUCGACAAUCUGUGGAGGAAAUGGAAGAGGAGACAAAUCAUAUCAACUUUCAAGUCCUGAAGGAAUAUUUAUCGACAAAUAUCAAAAUAUUUUCAUUGCGGAUUCGGGGAAUCAUCGAAUUGUUCGAUGGAAAAGAAAUGAAAAUGAAGGAACAAUUGUGGCUGGUGGAAAUGGAAAAGGAAAUAGUUUGUAUCAAUUGAAUCACCCAACAGAUAUGAUUUUCGAUGAACAAACUGAUUCACUCAUCAUUGCUGAUUAUGGAAAUCGAAGAGUAAUGUGGUGGUUUUUGAACGAAGAUAAACCGGAGAUUUUCUUAAGAAGAAUCGACUGUUGGCGAUUAACAAUGGAUAGAUUUAGAUGUGUUUAUGUAUCUGAUGAUAUGGAACAUGAAGUGAGAAGAUGGAAAAUGGAAGAAGACGGCAGAGGAAGAAUAUUCGCUGGUGGAUAUGGAAGAGGAGAGAACCUCCAUCAGUUCCAAUUUCCAAAUUUUAUGUUUGUCGAUGACGAACAAUCUAUUUAUGUUUCAGAUGUGGAAAACCAUCGUGUAAUGAAAUGGAUAAAAUACGCAGAGGAAGGAAUUGUUGUUGCUGGUGGAAAUGGAUGCGGAGAGAAUCCGAAUCAAUUGAAUUGUCCUGAAGGAAUUAUUGUUGAUCAUGAGGGUCGAAUUUAUGUUGCAGAUUGUGGGAAUCAUCGAAUAAUGCGAUGGUGUGAAGGAGAUGAAGAAGGUGAAAUAAUUGUUGGCGGAAAUGGACAAAGAAAUGAACCCAAUCAAUUGUCUUAUCCUCGCAGUUUAUCAUUUGAUGGUGAAGGAAAUCUUUAUGUUGGUGAUAAGGAAAAUCAUCUAAUUCAACGAUUUGAUUUGAUCAUUUGA